CCGCCAACAAAGAGAGGCUCGACUAGGGGAACGAGAAGUCGGGACUGUAGGAAACACUGUAAACAUUGAUGAAAAAUCCCCACUAUAUCCUAUUCGUCCCAACGCCGACAGCAUGUCGGUGCAAAGCAUCUUUGCGCAUUGUAGCCCUGUCGAUCAGCACCCUGGCAAGUGCGUAGAAACACCCCUACGAGCCACGACCCCGCCUCUAACGCCUUCUAGUCUCAUUGCCGUCGCAUGCAUGUCCCUUCUUCAGACUCGUCCCCGCAAAAUCAUCGGACAUAUCGCUGAAACUCGCCAAUAAGCAACAAUGCAGACCGACGUCCGAACCCCGCACGUCACCCGUCAACUUCCCCACACUACUAGGUAUCCCAACCACACACUAAACUCCCGCAUUAAAACAAAUAGAACCCACACUCACAUGCCCGGGCCCGCAGACAAACCCGUUCUCCAUCCCAAAGCCAACGAGCCUAGCUUACUCCAUAUCAUUGCUCCCAUGGUAUAUAUGCUCAUUACCUUCAUACACAGCAUCAAAAGCCCUUCCUCCGAUCUCAGCGUCCAGAAAGAAAGAGAGAGAAAAAACGAAAAAGAACCAAUUUUCCGUUCUGUCACCGAAAAUAAAAAGAAAAGGGAAAGAAAAGUAAGAAGUAAUACAAUCAAGAGACCUCGAACGUGAAGAAAGGCCACUCUAAGCCAUCGCUACAAAAUGCCCAUGCCUAUACC